AUGUCCCAACUUCCGAGGAUGACUUCCAGUCUGGACCCUACUCGGGAAUACAUUCUCCCUAUCAACUUUCAUUUUAGGGGACAUCGAAUUCAAGGAUGGCUCGACAGCCCCGACGACAGCGGUUCCUUCGGGCCAUGCCCUAUCCAGAAAUCCACCAUCUUGAUUGGAAACAUCCUUCGAAGCGGCGGCUGGAAGCUUAACACUUCCCGCGACGGGCCACCCAUCGAGCUCACCAAGGAGGCACUGAAACUUGGCCUACCCUGCGAGAUCCGGCCCAAUGUCAGAGACACAACGCAUGCUGUGAACUCGAUCCACUGGACUAAUCGGCAAACCCAGAGGAUUGUUUGCAUCGUCACCAUCCGAGCAGCCCCCCGCGUCCUUUGGAUCGAGGAUAUCUUCCGUACGCGCAACUGCCGCUUCCCUCAUGUUUCGGAAAUCAUCAAGACGCUGUAUCAGCGUGACUGCAGCAUACUGACUCUACGGCAUAUCUUUGUAUGCCAAAUUAAGCACGAGGAGACCUUGCGAUUUGUUCUAGAUGAGUUCUAUCCUAUAAAUAGGACUACCGGGCAACGUCACUACUGCCAGAUGGCCUGGGACUACGACUCGCACGGGUACAAGGCUUUGCUGGGAACCCGAAUUGGCAAGGUUGUCGCGUACUUCAUCUUGGGCACGUAUGACCGUGGCACCAAGCGAAUUGCCCGAAUUGUCACUUCUUUCACCGGCCUGCACACUCAUGAAAAGUUUCUUCAAAUGCGAUUUGAUCUGGUGAGUGUUUGA